GUGUCCGCCAGUUGACGCGCCCAGUCGCUGCCGCGUGCGCCAACGUCUGCGGAGAGCCACCUGGAGCGCCAACACACACACACCACAACGCAGCACAACACUAGGCAGGCGUCUGCUGCUGCGGGCAUCCACGACCACCUCACCUGCCGCUCCAGCUCCCCGUCUGUAGGUGACGUCCGUGUAAAUGGGCGGUCGCGAUGUCGAUGACAGCUCGGUGUCCGAGCGAGUGCCUGUCGAACGCGAGACACGAGUGCGUGUGUAAAAAGCUGCGCCGCUUCAAACUGAGACCACUGGACUGAACGACUUUUUUCUUGUUUACGAAGUGAACCCUCGUUGCGUUUACCACGGAGGAAACUACGCUCCACUCGGCGCCCACAGUGACUGAGCCACCGACGAUAUUAGAGUCCAGUGAAGGCCCUCGGCGAAUGGCGUCGGGGGCGGCUGUGGCGGCGACUGCGACGGCGACGGACGCGGGGGCGGCGCUGCUGGUGGCGUGCGACGUGGCGCUGCUCUUCCUGUUGGUGGCGGGGCUCGUGGCCAACGCUACCGUGCUGCUCGUCUUCUACCGGCGGCCCGGCCUACGCACCCUAUCCAACAGGUUCGUGCUGAAUCUGGUGGCGACGAACCUGUCGGCGUGCUGCGUGUUCCUUCCGCUGGCGGCUGCAGACUCUGUGCUGUCCCGACCGCUGUGGGCGCUCUGUUCCGCCGGCCGAGCCGCCGCCGCCGCCACCUGCGCAGCCUCAAUCCUUGGAGUACUGCUCAUCGCGCUCGACCAGUACUGCGCAGUGGUCGACCCGCUGCACUACCACUCGCGCAUCAACAAGCUGCGCUCCGCAGCCAUGAUGCUGACGGCGUGGAGUGUGGCGCUGGUGUUCGGCGCCCUGGCGGGCAUCGUCCCGGUGGAGGACUCCACCGGCUCCAGUCUGUGGCAGGCGUGCCUGUACCGGCAUGCGCGUUCCGCUCCCAACACCAACACCAACACCACCACCGACAACACCAACACCACCAGCUCCAUCAGCGUGGAGGAGCCACAGCUGGAGCGGGCUGACUACUCUCUCUACAGGGAGACCUUCGCCGCCUGCUACGCAAUCUUCAUAUUCGCCAUCCCAUUUGCUGGUAUCGCGUGGAUCUACCUGUGCAUCUACUCUGCGGCACACAACAACAGCAAGCGGACGCGGCUCACUGGUUCUGGUCCGGUGGCAGCCAGCUCUCAGCUGACGUCACAAGUGAGCACAGCGGACGCGUCUGUCGACGCACAGGUGGCGGACUGCCAACCGCUGGCGUCCGUGGCGGAGGAAGCAUCGUGCGACCUGCAGCCGCCGCAGCUGCAACAGCAGCAGCAGCAGCCCACCACCAUCACCUUCUCCGUGUCCGCUGCGCCCGCCUCGGAGGACAACACGGCCCUCCUGCAACAAGUGACAGUGACGGUGACGCCGCCGAGCUCCCCGCAGAAGGGCGCCGGCCCUGCCACCUGCCAGUCGUCGCCGGCGCCUUCGACGCCGCUCUCGCGCGCUGCCAGCGUCCGCAGCACGUCGAGCAGCAUCGUGACGUCACUGAAGCACCGCAUCUCGAACGCGAGCGUGUUCCGCUACCGCGAAGAGACGCGGGCCGCGCGCGUCUCGGCGCUCGUCGUGGUGAUGGCGCUCUUCUGCUGGUUCCCCUACGUGGCGGCGCUGCUGCUGCACUCGGGGCUGCUGGUGGCGCUGCCUGCCGGCGGCGUGCCGCACUACGUGGACGCGCUCAGCCUCACCAUGCUGGCCGCGGGCACGGUCGCCUCGCCAUUUCUCUUCGCCCUCCGGUCGCGCCGCGUCCAGCGCGAGGUCCGCCGUAUCUUCGGGCUGCCGAGGCCGUCCGAGGCGGGGUCCGGUACCGCCACGUGCCGUCGAAAGGCGCCCACGUUGAGGCGUCCGCCGUCUGUGCAGGUCCACCAUCCCCAGCAGACGCAUCUCACUGCAAACUACAGCCACGUGUCGCUGGACGUAAUGGCCUCCCUGGCGGAAGGCGAGACUGACUCUCUGUCCAAAGACAGUUCCUCGUCGGUGCUGCAGUCUUUGCUCAGCAAAACUAAAUGGGGCACCAAGCAGCCCAAGUGCCGGACUAUGCUGUGCGACUUUGUGCCAGUUCCCGACGCGGCUCUCAGUGUGGACACUUGUCGCAGUUCCUUCUCCAGUGGUGCUAGUACGCAGUACACGUCUUCCACCGUGGACACUGGAAUAGAUGACUGAGAUCGCCAACUGCAGUGGUAUAGUUCGACUGUGUGAAUGUAACGACUGUUCGAAAAGACACUGUACAGUGCCGCAUUGUGUAUUUGCCAUUUUCUGUAUCCGUAGCCUGGAGUGCGAGUAAAACUGAUACUGUCAAUGCACGAUUGUGUACCGUAUUCCACUAAGUAUUCAAACUGUCAAAAACAUAACAAACACGUCUGUGGUUUUUUGCUGUGUUAGAAAUUUUGCAGAGCACUUACAAUUAGGAACUUCAGUAAGGAUGCUCUGGAGGUUGAUGUGUAGCAAGUGUACUGUUUAGGGGAAAGAAGCUGAAGCACAGUCUCAGCUGAAAAUGGCUGCAUACUGAUUGCAGACUCUUCCAUCAAGAGAACAAUAAACUAGACCAAAAUCAAUGCUAGAGCAUCACAAGUUAAUUGUGACAUACCUCAGACAAAGUCGUUGUAGUAGUAGUGCUGUAAAUAGAGCAUAUUUGAACAGUUAAGAUAUGUAUAGUGCAGCUUGUCAGUAUUCCCUACAAUUAAGUUCCUGAAAGUGCUUAACUUUCUCAGAAGAAUGAUGAAGAUGUUGCUGAGAGUACCACCAGCAUAUAACAAAAUUUGCAGGGUCUUGUGAUAGUAAGAAAUUCCAUUACUGUGAGUUCAUUAAGGAAGAAAAUUUAUUGUGGAGACUGUUAUAGGCAGCCAACAUUUCAGAUUUUCUGAAAUUUCAGUAUUCCACAGCUUGGUAGUGAAACUUUAAGUCAACAACUACAUUGCUGAAUAUGAGAGAGAGAGAGAUAGAGAGAGAGAGAGAGAGAGAGAGAGAGAGAGAGAGAGA